AUGGCGGUCGUCCGAGCCCACGAACAGCUGCUCUCCGAAGGGCUCCUGACCGAGUACCAGGAGAGGCUCGGCAGAGCGCUCUUCGUGUCCCAUGAGUGGCUGAGUGCAGAACAUCCGGACCCCAAAGGAGCGCAAUUGCAG